UUUACACGGAGCACACUGCGACUCGGAAGCUGUUGGAAGCAGAAGAUGUGGCUGCUGUCAGUGCUCGUGCCGCUUCUCAGUUUGUAUUUAUGCGGAAUGAAAGUCCUCUUCUAUCAAAUGUUCAACCUGUCCUUUACGCUACCAGGUUCUCAAUAAUUGAAGGCAUCCAGGUGGAUUGCUUACCCAAGGAACCAAUGGAGGGUAAAAGUUCAGGACCUUCGUGCUCUGGCCUCAAUCUGGUCGCACAUCCACGAGCAAAAAGCAAAGUCUGGAAGUACUUUGGCUUUGACACAGACGCAGAUGGCUGCAUAUUGCACUGGAAACGGAUUUACUGUCGUGUAUGCAUGAGUCAAAUUGCAUAUUCUGGCAACACCUCCAACCUGUCGUACCACCUCGAAAAGAAUCAUCCCGUAGAGUUCAGUGAGUUUGUGAAAAGCAACACAGAUCAGAUGCGGGAGGCGUUUGCCACGGCAUACUCCAGAAUAAAGACUGAACCCACAAGUCUACAUACACAGCAACAGUCUCAAGACAUGAACUUAAGGCACAGCUUAGAUCAUGAUAACAGACGACACAAUGACCUGACAGUAGCUAUCACCAACUUCAUCUGUGAGGGUUUGCAUCCUGUGUCUGUCGUUGAAGAACCUACUUUCAAGACCCUAAUGAGUACUGUUGACCCUGGAUAUUCUACACCCAACAAAAGAGACCUUGCAGUUAAAAUGGUCUCUCAGAUGUAUUGUCGUACCCGUGAUAUGGUCUUUAGUGAGCUUGCUGGGGUUGUGAACUGUGGCGUUACUACAGACCUCUGGCAAAGUCAAACCCAGAAUAGAACGUACAUUUCACUCUCGAUGCAUUCAGUCAACUACAACAGUGCAAAUGGCUUCUCGAUGACCAACAAGUGCCUGAAAACAUUUGAAGUACAAGAAGACAACACGGCUGAGAAUAUCACCAGAGCGAUGUAUGAAGCCUUUGUUGAGUGGGGUAUAACUCACAAAGUCAGCGGCGCCACCACAAAUGGUUCAGUGGACAUCGUUAAAGCGUGCUCGCUCUUGGAGCUGUCAGUGGAGAUGCCUUGCCUCGGGCACACAAUCAAUCGUGCGAUGGACGAAGCCUUCCAGCUGCCGCGAGUUGACAGCUUUUUGGGAUGUUGCCGCAAGCUUGUUGAUCAUUUCAAAGAACCAGCGAUGUUUACGCUGAGGGAAAAACAGAAACAACAUGGCCUCACUCAGUGCACACUGAUCUCAGAUAAGGGUAGGACAUGGUUGGCAACACUGGCAAUGCUACAAAGACUUAAAGAACAGCAGGUUGCUGUGACUGUAACACUCACGGAGACUUCCAGCAACCAUCAUUUCAGCUCGGAUGGCCCCAACUGGGCCUUGUUGGAGGGCUUGAUUGCAGUCCUCCAGCCUUUUAAAGUUGUGGCAGACAUGAUCACUUCUUGCAGGUAUCCAACCAUUAGCAUGGUGAGACCAGUGCUUCAUAUGCUGCUGAACACCACCCUCAAAGUCAAGGAAGGGGACCUCAAAGAAAUCAGCAUGACCAAAGAGGUCAUCUCCAAGGUCCUAUCAAGCACCUAUUCACAGAAUUCACAAUUAUCCCAAGAGAUCUCAGCUUUCCUCAACAUUGCUACAUUCUUGGAUCCUCGGUAUAAAAAGUUGCCUUUCCUGUCAACUCCGGAACGCUCCAAAGUUGAGAGUAACAUCAUUGAGGAGGCAAAAGCAAUACUUGAAAAGCAGAUGUCGGAGCGGUCGUGCCUCGACGAUUUCUCCCUGGUUUCUGAUGAGCCACCUAGCAAAAAGCCAACACCUCUGAGAGAAUCUUCUGCCAGCACCACAACCCUGGACAACCCUUUGGCAGCCAUAUUUUGCCAGUCCGAUGCAGACCAGAGCCAGGAGGAGCUGCAUGCUCAGGUGGUGGAGGAGCUGAGUAACUAUAAGUCACAGAGGGUUCUAGGUCUGAAUGAAGAUCCUUUGCUUUGGUGGUCGAGUCAUGCGCCUUUGUUCCCCACGCUCCCCAAGGUGAUGCAGAAGUACUGGUGUGUUCCUGCCACCAGCGUUCCUUGUCACAGGUUGUUCAGCUCUUCAGGUACUGUUCUGUGUGGGAAAAGGAACCGAAUAGCUCCAGUGCUGGUGGAUCAACAGGUCUUCUUGUAUGAAAACUCGCGGAGCUACUUCGAACCUGAACCCUGUGAGGAUGAUGUGGAUAAUGCCUGGGAAAACAACUGUAGACUCGGACGGCCAUUGGAGUGAAUUAUGACUUUGCCUGUAUACGAUGUGCUCAAUAUAUCAGACAUGCUGAAGCAUUAAAAACAAAAUCACUAGUACAACAAUGUGAUGAACCUUCUUGUUUUUUGUUUUUUCACAUGGAGAAUGGUUUGGCUUUUUUUUUUUUUUUAAAUUCUGUAAUAUUUCCCAUAAAUAUCAAGAUCAAAAGAAUGUACUCAAGCUUUGAGGCAGCUAAAUGAAUUAAUUCCUACUAAAUUCUACAAGCAAAAUCUGUGCAGAAGAUGUGUAUAGAAAACUUUCAUCUACUCGGAUCAAACUGAUGGGUUAUUACAGAACAAAAAGACUUGGGGUCAUUUACAUAAUAGUAUUGUGUGUGGUCCUUCACCAUCAGAGUGUGUCAAACAGUUAAAUAUUGUACACCUUCUAUAUUAAUUAACUUUAUUUGAUCACUUCCGUUGUGUCUGUAACUUAUCAUUUUUUAGUCAUUCAGGCUAAAUGAUUUGACUUGUUUUAAGUUAAAUAAUGGAUGUAUAUUGUAAAUACCUGUCUAUAUAUUACACUGACAGUGGAUGAAAUUUACAAAUGUAGUAAAAGAACUGUAUAAAAGUAAAGAUCAGCACUUGCCUGGUUGCUUGAUGUCCAGACUGUAUGGCAGCAUUGGUUCAUAUUGGAAAACUGGAUCCCUCCAGUUUUCCAAUAUGUGGAAAAUAUGUAUGUGUGAUUUUGUUUUUUGGUAGCAGUUUAUUUUACAGGUUUGAAUCUAAUUUUUAGGACAAAUCCACCUUGAAAAUGAACCAAUGCUAAGCUUGCAUCUGAGCUUAUCUUGCAUAUCUCAUUAAAAAACCCUGUGAUUAAAAA